AUGGAUAGUGAUUUCGAGCUCAGCGAUGAUGAAAGAUCUAUUGAUAACAAUAAAUCCACUUAUAAAACCCUUUUUUACAAUAAAUAUCACGAUGGAGCUAAUAAUACUGACAAUUUUUACCCCUGUUUUAUGCAUCGUUACAGUGCUUGCCCUGUGUUUUUCUCCGGUUUCCUUUCAGAUGCUUGCAAAACAGCUUUCAGUUCGCAAGAUAUUAAAGACCGUCGUCCAGUACUUAUUUACAUACAUCAUGAUAAAAGUAUGUUAAAUAACAUAUUUUGUAAAACUAUAUUGUGUACAGAGAAGAUGGUUGAUUAUUUACUUGAAAACUAUAUUGUCUGGCCAUGGGAUAUUACACUUGAGUCGGAUAGAAAUAGAUUGUCGACAAUAUGGGAAAAUACAUUUUCUUCGCCACUAUUUAAUGAUUUUUCUGUUGAAAAAUGUCCAAUGUUGAUUGGUAUAACACGUCGAUCUACAGAAAUCAAAUCUUGGUUACCAACAUCCGAAUAUCAGUUUACAUCAUUACUUAAAGGCAAUACAUUGACACGAACUCAACAAAAAUGGGACAUUGAGACACUAUUAUCCGAAUUGAUUACUUUUAAAGAUGAAUGUGAUAAUAUUGAACAAAUAUGGUAUUUCAAUACAGAUUUAGAUGAUGAUUUUAGUCAUUUUUCUGAUGGAUGUGAAUCUAAAGUAGAUAGAACCGAAUUCUUUUAUGAAUGUUUACAACAACGUUUUAGACGCUGUCCGACACUCGUCACUGACUUUCUUUCAAACAUUUGUGAAUCCACAGUUAGUUCAAAAAUAGGAAAAGAGUAUCGUCCAGUUCUUAUUUACUUGCAUAAUGACAAAAGUGAAUUCAAUAAGACCAUUUGUCCAAUAACUAUAAUUGACUCUUUAUUGGAAAACUUUAUUGUUUAUCCAUGGGAUAACACAUCAGAACUGAAUCAAGAGAUAACGGAAAUCACAUGGAAACAAAUAUUUUCAGUUUCUUUUAAUGUAUCUUUUCCUGAUAAACAAUAUCCUAUGGUUAUUGGAAUAAUGAAACGAUUCGAAGAGAAAAAUAAUGUCUUCCGCUUACCUAAAUAUCAGUUCAAAUCAUUGUUGAAUGGUGAUACACUGACUCGUACUCAGACUAAAUUAAGUCGUGAAGGAUUCUUAGAAGAAUUGAUUUUAUUUCAACAGGAAUGUAUUGUUAAUGAACAAGCUCUAGCAUGUGAUUUUGUUACCAAAACUGGUCUUUCUUGGGAUGUUAUUCAAAAAAUCAGUCAAUAUCUUUCAUUAAACGAUGCAAUCAACUCAUUUUCUAUUCAUAUUCUUCCUGUACUUUCUAAAUCUCAGAUAGGAGUACAUAUAUCAAAUUUUUCUGAUACAUUUAUAAGAAUGAUUUGUCAAAAACUUAACCCUCAACAAAUUGUGUCUUUAGAAUUUACUUCAACUUACCCUGAAUCCAUGACCACAUUAAAAUCUUUGUACACCUUCGAAAAUGUUAAGACAUUGACAUUUGUCAAUCCUCAAUGUUCAUCUGAAAUUAGCACAUUUACAGAGCGUUUUCCUUCUUGGAUUUGUGUUCGUUUUUGGUAUGAUAAUGAAGUCAAUGCUGAUACAUUUGAAAAAAUGUUUAAUCAACUUCCAAGUUCAGUCAAACGUCUAGAGAUUCGCAUUGCACGACCAUUUCAUAUUCAGUGUUAUUCCAUUGACUUAAAUAUUACGAUUAAAUAUUUUUUAUUCGAUCUAAGUCGUUUUUCGUUAAGUUUGAUGAAUAAUGAUUCUCAACAUCCUAAUUCACAUUUUUUAAUGAGAAUAAUUCAGUUCAUUCAAAAGAUGCGCAACAUUCGAUAUGUUUGUUUCAUAACGAAUAAAAACAACAUCGGACAAGUAUUAUAUAUAGACCAAUGGAUGAAUUUGGCAAGAGAAUGUCUUCAAUUGACGACGGUGACAAUGAAAAUAUCUGGAAGUAUGUCAUCUGAUCAAACAUUAACGCAGCAAUUGUUGGACUUACAAAAGGCAUUGCAUAACAUCCGACAAACAAUUAAAUUUCGAAUAAUUUUUUUAUGA